AUGGCGUCCUCAUCGACUCAAACACCCCUCCUCUAUGCGUGCAUAGCGCACAACACAACUAUCCUCACAGAGUGCACAACCUCAGCCUCCUCGAACACCUCAUCCCUCGCCUCUCUGAUCCUCCCCAAGAUAAACCACGACACGCCGCAGAAGCUGACUUACACACACGGCAACCACCACAUCCACUACAUAUCCGAGGCGCCCUCGUCGCGUCCAGAGAAUGCCUCGGCCGGGGGCCUGACGUUCCUCGUGGUCUCGGACUCGUCGCUGGGCCGGCGCGUGCCCUUCGGAUUCCUGUUCGAGAUCCGCACGCGCUUCUUCCGCGACUUCGACGAGAACAGCACCGACUUCGGCGACCUCCCGAACUACGGCGCGGGCAGUUUCAAUGCCACGCUCAAGAACCUCAUGGUCGAGUACGGCACCACCUCGGGCGGCCGCGACGACGCCAUCACCAACGUCCAGCGCGAGAUCGACGACGUCAGGGGCAUCAUGACGCGGAACAUCGAGGGCUUGCUCGAGCGCGGCGAGCGCAUCGAUCUCCUCGUCGACAAGACGGAUCGGCUGGGCGGGAGCGCCCGCGAGUUCCGCGUGCGCAGCAGGGGCCUCAAGAGGCAGAUGUGGUGGAAGAACGUCAAGCUGAUGGCGUUGCUGGUCGUCGUGCUCGCGCUGAUUGUCCUGACGAUCGUCAUCGCCGUCAAGAACUCGUGA